ACACACACACCCUUGACCACCAAAGACUGCCUCUUCCUGAAAUCCCCCGUUCGUAUAAAUACAGGAAGUAGAAAGAAGAGAGGCUAAAAUCAGACCUUCUUGGUAGUUUGCUUUCAUUUCAGUCCCUGUUUAGUCGUCUGCCCUCCGAUAUUACUGAGCCUGAAGUUGGUUUUAAACAUCCUCCCCCUGCUGCCCCUUGAAAUAUCAUCUUCAAUAUAAAACCAAAGGAUGUGGAUGUUCUGCUCAGCGAUGGAAAGGAAUUGCUUUCUUUACCAAGGAACUCUAAAGCCACUGUGAAACAGAGUGUCUUAAAGUUUGCUGUAAUGAUGAAAACAUCAGCCGGAGACGAGGGAGCCAGGGAUGACUCAGGCCCCAGCAGUGAUACCAGCGAAGAGGGGAAAGAGACACAUCUCUGUCAGGCCACUUCCCUACGAAACUGCCUCUCGCUGUCAGGAGUCAGCAUCCUUGAUAAACUUAUCAAGACCUGCCCUGUCUGGCUUCAGCUGAACAUGAACCAGGAAAGAGCUGCGGCGAUUCUUGGCAACGAAGCAGCAGGGAUGUUCUUGGUUAGGAAAGACAGUAACGCAAACAACAUGGUCCUUGCGGUCCGCGUGCCUGUUCAAAGUGAUGCUCCUGGUGUGCUGGAGUACAACAUUAAAGAAGAAAAGUCAAUCCUGUAUCUGGAAGGAUCUGUCCUUGUAUUCGAGGAUGUCUUCAAGCUGGUUGCCUUCUACUGUGUCAGUAGGGAUUUGCUACCCUUCACCCUGAAGCUACCACAAGCAAUAUUAGAAGCCCGUAGCUUUCAAGAUCUUGAAAUUAUCUCUAGUCUGGGGAUAGACUUUUGGGAUUCCUCCUUAAACCACAGAAUGAGCACAGAGGCGUUAUCCCACCCUGCAACAGACUCAGUCCUCAGCACAGCCCAGGCAGACGGUUUGAGAUCUACCCAGUGUGUUGCAAGCAGCACAAACCACUGCUCAUGUGAAAUUGAGCUGUCCAUAGGAAAUGACAGGCUGUGGUUCGUGAAUCCUAUUUUUAUAGAAGAGUGCAGUAAUCCUUUUCCUCCAGACUCACCUCCUCCCAAGGGCGAUGCUGUAUGCUCCAGCCUGCCCCCUGCCACCACCACAUCACCCCGCCGCCCCCCACCACCCCCUCCGCACUCUCACGGGCAGAAGAAGUCUUCCCUGAAGCUCCCACGGGAACCCAUGACGGCCUGUGAAGAAACACAGCUUCUUCAGCCACUGGGCAAGAGCAUCAAGGAAAUGAAAACCGUGGGCGGUGACGGUGAGGAAGGGAAGCAAAGCUGCUCUGACAAGGAACCUUCAGCUGGCAGCCUCAAGAAGGGCCCCCAGCCUGCUGUGCCCCCGCGGAGGCGGCCAUCUGAAAGGGCCGCAGAGGAGAGCUGCACGGGUAAGCCUGCAAGUUGCGAAACACCAAAAGGGGAACAGGCUGAAGAAAAACAAGAGCUGGAUACACAGAGCAAAGGUAAAAGACUGUUGUGCAGGAAGGCUGCAGAAAUGCCUGGAGAGGUUCCUGAGCAGGCUGUGUCGCAGUUUCAAGAGGCAAAGCCCGAACCUGCAGAGAAGGAGUCCAUGCCUGAGAUACAAAGUGAUGCCACUGAGAAAGGAAAGUUGCCUCCUAUCCCACCACCCAGAAGGAAGAGGCUUUCCCAGGCACCGCGGGUCCCCAGCUCCUGCCAGUCAAAUCACAGAACAGCGGUGCAGCAGCCUGCGGCCACAGCUGAGGCUCAGGGCACGGGCAGCUCAGCAUCAGCAGCAGGCGCUGCCACUGGCACCAACGCUGAGACCGAACAGGGAUGUGGCCGCAAGUCUGUGAACUCAGCUGAACUGAAGGGCUCGCACUUGUCCCUGGAAGGCCUGGGAGGCAGUGCUGCAGCCCAGACAUCAGCAUCCGAACCAGACUCCUACUCCACCAGCAGCACCGAGGAUGACCUGGAGAUGCUGGGUACUUCGUCUACUAAAAAGACACGCUCCAUGAUCUUGGGCAAGGCCAAGAACAGGCUGUCCUUUGUCAGCCUGUCCAACGUCUUCACAGUCUUUCUGUCUAAUGAUAGAAAGCUGCAGAAAAAGAUAGUGGAGCUGGCACAGGAUAAGGACUCAUACUUUGGCAACCUGGUGCAAGACUACAGAGUCUAUAGUCUGGAGAUGAUGGCAAAGCAGAGCUCCAGCACAGAGAUGUUACAAGAAAUCCGAAUGAUGAUGACACAGCUGAAGAGUUACCUAGUGCAGAGCACCGAGCUGAAAUCUCUGAUAGAUCCAGCUGCCUACACGGAUGAGCAAUUAGACAUGAUUGCUGAGUCAGCGUUGUACAAAUGUGUCCUGAAGCCUUUAAAAGAAGCCAUCAAUUCUUACUUAAAAGAAAUCCACAACAAAGAUGGAUCUUUACAGCAGCUAAAAGAGAACCAGCUUGUGAUACAAAACACAACUACCACUGACCUAGGUGUCACGACCAGUGUGCCUGAAACUGUUGUGCUGGACAAGAUCCUUCACAAGUUCACAACUAUGCACAAGGCCUAUUCCCCAGAAAAGAAGAUUGGCAUCUUGCUGAAGUCCUGCAAACUCAUCUAUGACUCCAUGUCUCAGGGAAACCCAGGUAAGCCUUAUGGUGCAGAUGACUUCCUCCCUGUGCUCAUGUAUGUAUUGGCCCGCAGCAACCUGACUGAAGUCCUUCUGAAUGUAGAGUAUAUGAUGGAGCUCAUGGACCCUGCUCUGCAGCUAGGUGAAGGCUCCUAUUAUUUAACCACCACCUACGGGGCCCUGGAGCACAUCAAGAACUACGACAAAAUCACUGUCACACGGCAGCUGAGCGUGGAGGUGCAGGACUCCAUUCACCGCUGGGAGCGGCGGAGGACGCUGAACAAGGCCCGGGCUUCUCGCUCAUCAGUGCAGGACUUCAUCUCCAUUUCCUUCCUGGAGAUUGGUGCUCAGUCAAGGACACUUGCCUCACGAAAUGAUACCACGACUGAGCAGCUGUGCCAGCAGUGUGCCGAAAAGUUUGAAGUCUCCCAUCCCAAGAUCUAUAGACUCUUUGUUUAUGUCGAUGGCCAGUGGCUGCAGCUGGACAAAGAGGCCCUCCCUCACCGUAUCAAAGCUUCACUGCUGAAGAGUGAAAACAAAAAAGAUUUCCAUUUUAUUUAUAAACCAAUAGAGUAUGAAAAUCCACCAGUUCCAAUUGUCAGAGAGACUGACUUUUCCUAAAGGUCAUGCUACUCUUCUGUUGAGUUUGCUGUCAUCCUGAAAGGGCUGGAUAGCUUAUUUUGUGAGAUCCUCUGGCAGCUGCAGAUCUUAGGUCACUGGAGCUUGGCCUUCACCACAGGGCAGGUGUGCUAAUUGUAGAUGCUGUCUGAAUAUAGGGCAUUUCUCAGAGAAGUUCAAAAAUGAGCAUUCAGGAGAACAAUAUCCUUUGGAAAACUUGAAGUAUCAAACCACAGAACCUCCUGCUGGCAAUGCCAACAUUGCAGAAUGUAAAUGGACAGAGGAGAAUGAUCUCAGAGAUCUUGUGGAAAAGCGGACAUUUACUCCAUCAUAAAUGAUGGCCGGUGCAGAUCACCUCAUUGCACAGGGCCUUUGAAGGGUCUGCACACACCUCAGUGCUGUUAGGAGGUAAGACUACAUUUCCACCUAACAUCUGUCAAUGUUUGAUUAAAAAGAGUAUUGGCUGAUGUAUACAGUGGCACAAGAUUGCCACCUAUAGCAGAACUCCUUCUCUGUCUUGAUGUCUACAACACAAAAUUGCCUUUGAAAUCCAAAUAUUCACCAACCAUGCAAGAAGAUUCCAUACAUUGACAAAGAAAAUAUUUUCUGCCAUUUAUUUGUCACUAAAGUCAGGUGACAUAGGCAUUUUCAUCAAUGUAUUUUUCUUAAAGAUUGGAAGUGUUCACCAUCAAUGUACAGCUGUUUAAAUGACAUUAGUUGUAUGAUAGUGUCUGUUUAAUUGUAUAUUUAUUUCUAUGUGUGAUAUGGUGCAAUUGUUUUAAAAUAAGAAUUUGUAAAGAACUUAAUAAUUUUCCCAAUGUAGCAAAGUAGAUUAAAAUUUGAAGUCAAAGAGCAAGAAUAAAAUACCGAGCUGUGAUUUUCUCUAGUGUUUUCGUAUCUGCAUGUCCCACCAGAUUGUUACUUCAAGCAGUUCAGGCAUUUGAGACAGAAUUUGCUAAUUCUCCUCUCUCUCUACCUCUACUUUCAGUCAUUCAGUCACUGCAAAUUUAAAUUUCCCUGCAACCUGAAUUUCUACACAAUAAACUAAAACAUUGGAAAAAACACGUUCUGUGAAAUUAGCAAGCAACUUUUCAGUACUGGAUAAUGACAGCAGAGCCUUAAUUGCAAAAUGGAUCUUUGUCUUCUGGGUGCCUUCCUUCAGGCAAGAUUCCACUGCCAAUGUAGCCUCCACUGCAGACACAAACAUGGGAUCAGGCCUAGCAAAGCUCUAGACUAGACUCUAGAAUAGAAAGGUGGUCAUGUUUUACUGUGGGUUUUGCUCAAAGCUGCUGUUGUUUCCACUCAUUAACAUUCAGAAACAGAACUGGGACAUGUUGGACCAAGUUGCUUGAGCGUCCAAAAGGAAAAUGACAGUGCAUGUGGCUGGUCAUGCUAUCAGUCUCUGUGGCUUGAAAUGUCCAUGUCUAUGUGCAUGAGCCAUCGCGUGCAAUGGCCAAAUGUGCAUUACGAUUCCAGACCAUCUGUGCAUCUGCCAGCCUGGGCUGCGUGUGUAUGUUGUUGGGAAGGGAUGACAACGAAGAAUAAGGAACAGUGAAUAGCAGCAGUCUCAGUUUUGAGGCCAUCACAUGCAGAGCUUGUGCUGGCAUGACACCAGCAGGGAACUGACUCCACAUUUCUGGUUAUUCGGUCAUUUAUACUCAUAUGCAGCUGUCAGCACUCCUGCCAUCCCCCUGGGCUGUCCAUCUGCAGGGUCCUGUGCUGAAACCAAGGAAUUAAGAUAGGACUGAUCUUCUGCUGGAUAUUUCAGGGGAGAGACCGGACUUGGCAGCAGAAAGGAAUGAGCAACAUAGUUAUGCAAGGAAGAGCUCCAGGCACCUGACAGCAUCUUGGGGAGGCCAUCAGCCACAGGCCCUGGGGCGAGGGCACACCACAAGUUGUAUGGCUGAGCAGCCAAGCACGAGAAAACUCUGCUGGUGCCAAACCACCAUAAGGCAAACAGUCCUGAAGUCAGAACUGCCAGAGAGGAGAGGAGAGGAAGUAGAGAGAGAGGGAGAGGAAGAAAGCUUUUACAAAGGCCUUUACAAAAGCCUGCAAAACUUUCAUCUGGCAUUACAGCUGAAAAGGUCAAAGUAGAUUUACAAAGACGUCCAUGGACUACUCCCCUCUCCUCUGAAUUCAAGGGAUUAAUCUUUUUAAUGCAAGUUACUGUGCCUGGCAGUGAGCUGCCUGGAUGGAAGUCCCCGUGCUAGAGCUCAGAGCUGAGGAGGGUCUCCCAGGCACCAGGCCUGGUUGAGCGUAUCAUGUAGAGAAGGUCAGCAUGUCCUCCCUAUGGCUGCUGGUACGUGGAAUCUCUCAGCACUUUGAACUGGUGUCUGACAUUCAGUCAGUAAGAAAAAAAAAUGUUACAGAUGAAAUCUGUAACACUUUUAAAUACUCCUUAGACUUUGUUCAUUGGCUUUGUCAUGGGGUAUCGUCACGCUACAGACCAACCAGUUAAAGAGGUACAGUCAGUCUGGAGAUCUGUGGCCUCCUCUGGUUAGUCAAGACGGUCACACCGUGACUCAUGCCCUGGACCUCACAUGAGAAGUCAGCAGACAAGCAUUUCAGAAGACUUUGACCAAGUAUAGUUGUGUAAUCUGGCCAAGGUCUCCUCAAACAGUUAUUUCCACAGAAAUAUUGUGCAACAAUCACUCAUCUAUGCAUAAGCAAAGGAUCCUAGUGUGAGAGAGAAGAUAUGCUGAACCUAGCAACAGCUCUCAAGAAAAAAGAAAAAACAAACAGCAAAGCCCAAGUGGCCACUUUGUGCCCAGAGCUGGCCUAGCGCCACACAGUGCCAGUGAUGAAAUCUGUCAAUAAUUCACUAAAAUAAUGACACUGAGAGGUCAAGUAUGACCUAAAAUAAAAGUCAUUGAAACUAAAAGCAGUUUUCCUGCCGAAUUCAGGAGCUUUGGGCAUCAGCAUGCAUCAUUCACCAACCUGAUAGGUACUUUGAUAGGUACUUUGCACAGGACUCUAUUUUCCAUCAGGAGUGACUCAGGAUGGGGGGGCCACCCAGCCCAACCCCUGCUGACAGCACUGCUGCCCCCAGGACAGCUCAGCCUUGUCCUUUCUGUGCUGCAGGUCCCAGGGCUGAAGAUUAUGCAGACCUUCAGAAGACCUGCUCCAGUAUUUCAACCACAUGCACUGUGAAAAAUAUGUUCCUUGUCCUCAGCUGGGGUAAAACCCCACUUGUCCCACUAGGUUCCCUCCUGGCACUCUUUCCAAGGUCAGGGCUAAACACAACUAUUCUGCACAACACACUCUGACCCGUUCUGGUAGAUGAUAACUUACUGGGAACGAGCAGCCUUACUUAUUUUUAAGUAGUUAUUUCUACAUUCAGUGUUCUAGGAAUUAUAGUCUGUGCAAGUAUGUGCCUGAAGGAAGAGUAAGGGUGUUUGUGCUUGCACAGUGCACCACAAACUACUCUUUAAGAUUGACCUUGCACAAUCCUAAAAUCAUCUUCUAAUCAGGUUCUACCACUAUCUCAAAAUAAAGAGCCUGCCAUACAGGCAUUAAGCCAACGUGAUGCUAUUUGGAGACCUUAAAAUAAAUGUAUUGAUCAGUGCA